GAAUACCCUUUUUCUUUUUUCUUUCUUUUUUUAAAUAGCCUUUAAGCACCUAUAAUUUCAAAUAUACCCUUUGUACUUUUAAUUACUUUUUCCUUAACAAAUGGGAAACAAUGUUAGUAUUGAGGCAAAAUCUCAACCAAGUUUGAGUAGAAACUCGCUGAUGGCCAUUCAAUCAUCUGCCCUGAUUCAUCACGAUAACAAUGAAUUGAUUCUCUCCUUGCAGCAACAAUCACAACCACAACAAAGGAAAAAACAAAAAAAAGUCCCUUUCGAAAACCGUUCGAGUAUUGUCCAGUCAGGACUCUCUGUAGAGCCAUUCUCUCGCCUAGCUCCCGAGUCCGCCUUUACUGAAUUAACUGAUUAUUCUCACUUUUCGUUCAAUGGCAAAGAUAAUGACUAUAUUAUGACCGUGCCUGAUUUACAUCGACCUCAGCCAAGCCCAACCACUGUUCAUCAGCUAAAGUCAUCCGAACAGAUAGUGAACUACCUUAUCAAGCAUACCUCGAGUUCAUUUGACAUCUUUACCGAGAUCUUUGCUUCGCCACGCAUGAAACAAAGCCAGGAUCUUCAACGGGAAGCCUUCAAGGCAGCUGAACUUUGGAUUGAGAUCGCAGAUGAUCCUACCGCAAAAACUUGUGUAGCAAGGUGCAAACUUUGUGGUUGGGGUACCACUAAAGACCCAAAUAUCGCAUUUCAAGAACUACAGUCUCUGGCAGAAGCUGGCAUUUGGGAAGCUUACUUUUUCCUCGGUCAAUGCUAUUAUUACGGCAUUCAACAUGAUGAUCAGCAGGAUAUAAUUCAGCCUGUAGAUCGAAAGAAGGCCAUCUUUUGGUACAAGAAAACCAUCCAAUUGCCGCAGCGAUACACAGAAAGUAAAUGCGCUCCUUACUUUGUGGCUCAAGCACAGGUUUGUGUAGCCAUCACCAGUCUGAUCUCGGAUGAAUCGCUUCCUGAAAAUGUGGAGCUUAUUAAGCAAAGCGCGAAUGCAGAAAACAAACUUGCUGAAUAUCUUUUGGGUUAUUUGGUUAAGCUUGGUGUUGUCAGUGACGCGCCUAAGUCAGAAAAGGAAUACUUUACGUCCAGUGCUCAAAAGUUUUAUUCUCCCGCUCAAGUCCAGCUUGCUUUAAUCUUACUACAGGAAGGCAAAAUAAAAGAUGGACUUGGUUGGCUCAAGAAGGCCACUGACUUGAAUGAUCCCCAAGCCUACUAUCAACUUGGUAAUAUCUACGAGCUAGGAUUAUACGGUAUCAUGCCCAAUCAUGAGUUAGCCUAUGCUAAUUACUUUCAUGCUGCUGAAAAGCACAGUCAUCAUCCGUCCGAGUUCCGUCUAGGCAUGAACUAUCUGAUUGGUGGCAUGGGCCUCUCUAAAGACACAGCCAAGGCCUAUUCAUUCAUCCAACGUGCUGCUCUCGCUGGCGACCCUAGCGCUCAGUAUACUCUUGGUGUCAUGUACCGUGAUGGUAACAUCCCUCAUCAGUCUCAUCAAACUGCACAUGAAAUUGCACAAAACAAAAAGGAAGCUUUCCAAUGGUUCCGAAAGGCAGCAGCACAGAACUUCCCGACGGCGCUUACACAAAUAGCAUCUUGCUAUGAGCAUGGUGUUGGUGUAGCUGUGAAUUAUGUUGUAGCCAGCCAGUACUAUGAGAAAGCGGUUAGAUACCAGAGCAAUCAUCUUCCAAGUGCCCAAUUAACGUACGCUACCUUCUUGCACAAACAAAGCAAAUACAAGGAAGCCCUUGACUAUUAUCUAUUGGCGUCCGGUUUGACUCAAGCCAAUGCAUUCCCUUCAUCACCUCCCAUAACACGAGUAGCUAAACGUAUGGUGGCCAUUCUUUACCUUGAUAACAGCAAAGAUCCCAACAUUCCCUACAAGCCAAAGGAAGGAUUUGAUCUUCUUUCAGAUUUAAUCAAGACUGAUCCAAACGAUGGAUGUGCUCAUUACUGGGUAGGCGUCUGCUAUGAGGAAGGUAUACCAGGUAUAUGUCCGAUUGACUUGCCACAAUCGUACAAGCAUUAUUUGAUUUCUGCCAACCUUGACUACAGUGAUUCUCAGUUCCAGGUAGGGCACAUGCUCUGCAAAGGUGUUGGCGUCCAAGAGAACAGGCGGGCGGCAUUUGAAUGGUUCAUGAAGGCGUCAAAGCAGAAGCAUCCUAAAGCGCUAUACUAUAUCGGAAUCUACUACUAUAACGGGUGCGACGGCGUUCCCCGUGAUCAUGAUAAGGCAAGAGAAUACUUUAAGAAAUCAGCUCAGUUAGGAAUUGUCGAUGCCAUGAUAUCCUAUGCUCAGCUAUGCCAAGAAAAAACAAAGGCGAGUACGAGCCAGCAAGAGAUCAAAUCGCUUCAGAGAGCGUCUUUUGAUUGGUACAAGAAGGCUGCAGUUCAGCAGCAUCCUACUGCGUUGCGAGAACUAGGUCGACUGUACGGUGCAGGCAUUGGAACAGAAAAGAACGAUCUGCUCUCAGCUGAGUACCUCAAGAUGGCCGGAGAUAAGCAAGAUCCUUUGGCUACUCUACUUCUUGGUGGCUAUUAUGAAAACGGCCGUGGUGGGCUACCCAAGGAUAUUCACCUGGCUCUAAACUGCUACUUAAAGGCCAUUCAACUUGGUCAGCCAACUGCUCUAUUUGCUGCUGCAGAAGCUUACGAAAAGCUAGGACAAUAUGAUAAAUCUUACGAAUACUAUAAUCGUGUUGUUAAUGAUACCAGAAUUUCCAAGCAAUUCAAGACAUAUCGCACUGCAUGUCUAAGACGCUCUUUAUACAGUUUAAACUAUGAUCCAACUGCACUCCUUCAUCAUCCUAUGGGAAGCACACUAAAAUCCUCACAUUCAUUAGAUAAGUACAGCAAUCUAUCAAUAACAGAGGCAUUUCAAACAAUAUUUUCACUGGCCACUAGAGAUCAGUUCAAAGAAGCCUAUGUAUGGUUAGCCGAGUGCUAUCAAGAUGGUAAUGGUAUUGUCAAAGAUAUGACUCAGUCCAUACAAUGGAGAACAAAAGCCGCUCUGGAAGCUAAUGAUCUUUACUCCAUGCGAAAACUUGCCUGCAUGUAUGAACAAGGCAUAGAAGUAGAGAGGGAUGUGGCGCUCGCACAAAAGUUCUAUCAAAUGGUCGCUGAUUAUCGCCACUCAUGACCUUGUUAUUCAUAAUUGCUUGUAUAUCAUGUAAGAUUUCUUUCACUUUCUCUUUGCUCCACUCUUUUGACAAGAAAGUGUUAUAUCAAUAACUCAUAUGUGUAUAUGUAUCAUUUUCUCUUAUAUUUUACCUCCCCUUUAUAUAUAUAUAUAUUAUAUACAUAUCAAUAUUUAUCUUUUAUAUACAAUCUUAUUUAUAUAUCCCUAUGUUAUAUGUAACACAUUCCCUUUAUCCUUUAAUAAAAUUUC